AUGUUCAAAGAACCAAGAAGUAAAGGGAAUUUGGGCAUGAAGUUCAAAGAAAUCAACCCAUGCAUGCAGCUUUUGAGUGACACAACAGAAAAGCCAUGGUAUUACCAGGCAGUGCUGCAGGGGCUGCCAACAUCUGAAGCCCAAAAAAAGGAUAAUCCCCACAGCGAUCGCUUGAGCCUUAACCAAUUAUGCCGAAAGUCUAUGUCAUUUCCUGCAUCCACGUACAUCAUGGUGCAGGGUAAGAGAAUCGAGUGGGUCCAUCUAUCUGAAUCCUCUCACCUUGCCUCAAUGGGGAAACCAACAGCAUCCGCGCCACUCUUCUCCACACGGAGAAAUCCACUGGCAAACAAACCUUGGAGGGGAUGGCUGAAACGCAUCCAGAAAUUUCAUGUCCAGGGUCCCAGGUUGCUUAAGCUCAACCCACAGAUUAUCGGGGCAUGGAUCCCCAGCAAUAGCUACUCUUGA